CAUACAUCGAUCGACCGCUGCAAAUUUCGACACAGAACCACGGUGUCCUGACGCCGCGCCGGCAGGCAUGCUUUUAGCUAACUCGGUCCGGUAACGAUAUCCUGCAUAAAAUGCCGUGGCGUUCUCCCUCCUAUGAACACAAAAUAAUUAUCCAUGAAACAUUCAUCAGGCUGCCCUUAAGCCAGUCAUUGUCAUCAGCGAGCAGCAAAUGUCAUCCUUUGUUCACGCCGUCCCCGUUUUCACGCCCCCGGGGCGGUCAGUGGGCGCCCCCGCUGUCGGUUCACCAAUACCUGCCAGCUGCACUGGCUGCGGCCCGCUGGUCAGUGUAGUACCGCACCUGGCCGCCAGGCGGCAGGUCGGCGCCGGUCCAGUAUUGACUGACCGCCGGGCCGGGCCGCGGGGAGGGGAGCCGAUAGCCGACUGGUGUCGGGCCAAUCGAUGUGCCACGCGGCGUCCAGAGAGGUCAGCCGUCCAGCCCGCCGGCCCACCACUCCGAUGGACCGGUGACCGACAGUGGAUGGUGUGACCUGGGGUGACGUGUGACCUGUGACGCGUGAUCGGUGACCUGUGGACUGCGCAGCGGUCAGUGACAGAGACGGAGGGCCGGCCAGGCCAGCAGCUCAACUGAGGGCACCUUGUUUUGUGUCUGUCCGCCGCUGAGCGCUCGCUGCAGCAGCCAUGGACGCCGCCGCCGCCGAGCUGAUCAAGCUGACCUCACCCGAUUCCAUCUACGGCACGCUGGCCAACUUCGAGGUGGAGAAGAAGAUCGGCCGCGGACAGUUCUCGGUCGUCUAUCGUGCCAAGUGUAAGGUGAAUCAGCAGUCGGUGGCCCUGAAAAAGGUACAAAUCUUCGAGAUGACGGAUGCCAAGGCCCGGCUCGACUGCAUGAAGGAAAUCAACUUGUUGCAGCAACUGAACCACCCGAACAUCAUCAAGUACCUGGCGUCGUUCAUCGAGGACAACGAGCUGAACAUCGUGCUGGAGGUGGCCGACGCCGGCGACCUGCACCGCAUGAUCCGCCACUUCCGCACCCAGAAGCGGCUCAUCCCGGAGCGCACCAUCUGGAAGUACUUUACGCAGGUGUGCAGUGCCCUGCAGCAUAUGCACAGCAAGCGCAUCAUGCACAGAGAUAUCAAGCCGGCGAAUGUGUUCGUCACCGGUGAAGGCGUGGUGAAGCUUGGCGACCUGGGACUGGGCCGCUACUUCAGCACGUGCACCACGGAGCUGAUCACGCUGGUGGGCACGCCCUACUACAUGUCACCGGAGCGGAUCCACGAGCGCGGCUACAACUUCAAGUCGGAUAUCUGGUCACUGGGCUGUCUGCUGUACGAGAUGGCCGCGCUGCAGUCGCCCUUCUUCGGCGAGAAGAUGACGCUCUACUCGCUGUGCAAGAAGAUCGAGAGCUGCGACUACCCGCCGCUGCCCUCCGAUCACUACUCGGACGUGUUCCGGAGUCUGGUGGACCAGUGUCUGACGCCCGACCCCAGCGGUCGACCCGACAUCGGCCACGUCACCCGACUGGCAGCCGAGAUGCACGAGAAGUCGUCGGCGCCCGGCAGCGCCGUCAGCACGACCAGCUACGCCAGCCGCAUCUCCAGCGACGGCUUCAUCAAGCCGCAGUAGCGGCGCUGAGCGGGCGGGCUAGUCACCGUCCUCCGUCCGGGCCGCGCCGUCCGAUAUUUGGUCCGUACACGGCCCGUACUUGGUCCGUACUAGGCCGAUACUCGCUCCGUAUUCGGUCCUACUCGGUCCGUACUCGGCCGAUAAUCGCUCCGUCCAACCAAUCCGUCCAAUUCGCUCUAACUGUGACGGCUGAGUGGUUCCCGCCGUUCCAGUCCGAUCUAUAGAGCGAAUACUUUGGACGGCCCAGUCUGUGCCGGUGCAGAGGCCAGUGAUGUCACGCUUACAAUCCGUCCGUGUGAGCUGUGCAGUCGGCGGCACCGCGCAGGGGCCUCUGUCGCGGCCGGUCGCCCCAGAGGUCACGGAGCACCGGUUGUCGGAGCGUGCCACCCUGUGACCGUGCCGCUCGCCCGAGAGCAGGGCGGGGUUCAUGAGUCGGUGUUCUUCGUGCAGCCAACUCUGCACAGCUCUCGGUCGAUCUGUGUAUGCGUUCGGCGGUGCCAGCACUGUGCGAUUAUUGGUUACCGAACGGCGGUACGAGCACUUAUUGUUGGCGCAUGAUCAGUUAUUUACAUUUUGCUGCACGUUGGGAAACGUAAAUAUGCAAAAAUAUGCAACAUAUGAAUAAUAAACGGGAGCUGUUCAA